AUUCAACGGAAGCAGAACAAAUAUUUCUUUGAGCCACAAAAAAAUUCUUUUAAAUAUCUGAAAAACGGAAAGUAUGGACGACCGUACCAUAGAUUCUAUAUUUGUAGGGUCUUUAGAAUCCCUACCACCGGUGAGUUCAAAAAUUGUGCGAAUUUUUACCAGUUCCACGUUUACAGAUACCACCAUGGAACGUAACACCUUAAUGGCGAAAUGUUAUCCACGUAUUAAGGAUUACUGUCGCGAAAAGCAUGGUUUAGAAUUUCAGGUUGUAGAUAUGCGUUGGGGUGUCCGCGAUGAGGCAACCGAUGAUCAUAUGACUACCGAGCUUUGUAUGCGUGAAAUUAAAAACUGUCAACGUCUGUCUAUGGGUCCAAACUUUAUAGUAUUUCUGGGACAAAAAUAUGGGUAUCGACCCAUACCUACCUAUAUCUUGUCAUCGGAAUUGCAAUUAAUUUGCGAAGAGCUUACUUCAAUGGGUGUAGAUCGAGCUCUUUUGGAUUUGUGGUAUAAGAAAGAUAGCAAUGCGGUACCACCAGUUUCAGUAUUACAACCGAUUUCUUCCAUUCUUAUCAAUUUCAAUAACAAACGUGUGCCCAAAUUACAAGCGCAAGAUCAAGCUGUCUGGUGGGACACUCUAGGGAAAAUGCAAAAAUUGCUACGAAAAGCUUCCGCUUCUUUAGGGGCCAGCGGUAAAAUGACGAAAGAUGCUGUGCAUAAUUAUUUCAUGUCAGUUACCGAACGUGAGGUUAUCAAUGGCAUCUUAAACGUAAAAAAUACUAAAAAUCAUUGUUUAGCCUACAUACGCUACAUCAACAACAUCAACUUGCAAAAUCUAAAGAAAGCGUCAUUGUUUGUGGACAUUAUCAACCGCAGUUUGGACACGGAAUCAGCAAAAUUACUUGGCGAUCUGCGUGAUGUUCGCUUACCAAAUAAAAUCGAAACAAGCAACUUACAAAAAUACACGGUCGAGUGGAUUGGACGUGAGGGUCUGGAUAUUGAAACGCAUGAAGAAUAUUUGAAUCAUUUCAUUUCUCAUUUCUAUAAAAACAUUGUAAAAUUGGUGGACCGAGCUAUGCGCAAAGAAGACUCCAGUGCGCAGGGACAGAUAGUCACUGAAAUCCUACAGCAUUUGCACGCUUGCAAUAACUCGGUUAAAGUGUUUUACGGUCGCGAGGAAAAUCUCGAACAUAUCAAGCGUUAUAUGCUGGGGGAUUCAGAUAAACCACUUGUCCUUUACGGCGAAGGAGGUUGCGGUAAGACGUCGUUACUGGCCAAAAGUGCUUCUUUGGUAGCGGGCGAAUUAUUUGCUGAUCGCCGACCGUUGAAUAUUAUACGCUUUCUGGGCACCACACCGGACUCCAGCGCUUUGACUCCAACGUUAAUAUCUAUUUGUCAGCAGAUAUCCUAUAAUUAUAUGCUGCCUUUCGAAAACAUUCCGGAUGAUUUAGUGCCGUUAACUGCCCAUUUCAAACAGUUGUUAACUUAUGCAAGCAUCAAUCAGCCAUUGACUUUAUAUCUUGACUCCGUAGAUCAACUGACUGGUUGUCAAGAUUCGAACAAUGUUUCUUGGAUACCAACACGUUUACCGCCUUACUGUAAGAUUAUAAUUUCUUGUGCAAAUGAGAAAUCGAACCCAAUCGUUUCCCAUGAAUACCACGUGCUACGCAAAAUGAUUGAUAUUGAUGAGAAUUUCAUUGAGGUUACCGCUUUAGGGGAAGAGUUGGCCAUGAAUGUUAUUAAAAUGUGGAUGGGAACGGCUUGCCGCGACUUGAAUAAUUACCAAUGGCGCCUAGUAGCGAAUGCUAUUGGUAAAUGUUCUUUGCCGAUUUUUGUGAAGCUGGUUUUUGCGGAGAUAUGCCGUUGGCGAAGUUAUACACGACCUCAAGAGACUCAUUUGGCGAACAAUGUAAUGGAUUCUAUUAUGAUGUUAUUCGAGCGAAUCGAAAAGCAACAUGGUCGCAUAUUAGUUUUUCAUGCUUUAGCUUAUAUAACGGCAUCCAAGUCUGGCCUUUCCGAAAGUGAGUUGGAAGAUUUGAUAUCACUGGAUGACAAGGUACUCGACGAUGUGUAUCAAUACCAUAUGCCACCCGUUAGGCGUAUACCGCCUCUGCUAUGGACACGCAUACGUAACGAUCUGCCCAAUUAUUUAAGUGAACGCGAAGCCGAUGGAGUUAACGUUAUGAAUUGGUACCAUCGACAAUUUAGAGAUACAGCCAAAGAACGUUAUUUCAAAAAUAUGAACAUGGCUUUAUACUUUCACUCCAUGAUUGCUGACUAUUAUCUCGGCAUAUGGGGUGGAGGAGUACCGAAACCUUUUAAGUUUACUGAAAUACAACGGCAUCGUUUUGGCUUAACCGAAAAAGAAGGAGCGGCUGAUCGCAAAGUUCCCAUACAACCUUUGGUUUUUACCAGCAAAGAUGGAUCUUCUAAGCGUUAUAAUUUAAGAAAGUUUGGCGAGUUACCUUUCCAUUUUGUACGUUCUCGACGUUUUAAAGAUUUAUUUGAGCAUGUACUCUUUAACUAUGAGUGGCUACAUGCUAAACUAUCAAGUUGUCCCUUACAAGCGGUUUUGGCAGAUUUUGAAGAUGCUUCUGCACAUACAGACGACAAUGAGGCAAAACGUGAACUGAUGUUAGUGGCCGAUGCUUUACGCCUCGGCGGCGCCAUUUUGGCUGUCUACCCCAACAUGCUGGCACCUCAACUAAUAGGCCGUCUUUUGCCAGAAAUCGGUGGUAAUCCAAACAUUAAAAUGUUGCUAAGAGCCUGUGAUCACUGUGGCCCUAAAGAUUGCGCGCUGAUACCGGCGAGUCAUUGCUUACAUACCCCUGGAGGACCAUUAAAGUAUUCUUUAGAGGGUCAUCAGUUUGCAGUAUUUGCUUUCUGCUUGACUAGCGACUUGCGUUAUAUGGUUUCGAUCUCCACUCACUUUAUAACAUUUGAUCUUUCAACCUCAGAUCUUACAAGGGAUGUAAAUCCCGGAAUUGAGGGCAUCAUGCAACAGUUGGUUUUGAGCCCAGAUAACAAAUGGGCCGCAGCUUAUUCCAACAACAAUCAGACAGUUUUACUCAACAUGUUAUCCAGUGAAUUUGUGGUAAUUGAUAAUCCAUUCGAAGAAGAAGAUGGAUCCCUAAGCAGCCUUUACCUUAUAAAUCAAAGCCUUUUUAUCAGCUGUAAGCUGAAGUGGGCGCGCUUUGACUUACGGGGCAAUUUAGUUGAAAUACAUAUCAUAAAUGCAGACGAUACCUAUGCAUGGGAAAUUCUAAGCAUGGACUUCACUAGUCCGAAAAUCUACAACGUUAUUUUAUGGUCGGGUUCAAUCAACGAAACCCGUUUACGUUACAAUACCUUUCGAGACGAAUUAGAAACACCAACUUUACUCUUUUACAGUGCUCUCACUUUAAACAAGUGUGGCGACCGUAUUUACGGUUGCGCAAGCGAGGAGAAUUAUGAAGUAAGUGUAUACGAAUUGAUACAGUGCGAAAAUGGAGAAGCGAUUGAGUGGAUUUUAAAAAACAAAUUACCACGUUUUGAAAAUGAUGAAAAAGAAAUGUUACUGCAAUUGCGUCUAGAUCAACAUGAUCGUAUGUUAUUAGGUACCGCUGGAAAAGGCUUCGUUAUUUGGGAUUUAAGCGACGCCGAAAACGGUCGCCUUUCCGAGCAUGCCAUGUAUUUGGCAUUGCCGCAUGGUGUGCGCAAUAUUACCACAAAAAUAAUGCAAUCGAAUUCGAUUAUGAUCAGCUCAAAAAUGGAUUAUGCGGUAGCCGGUGUGCGCAAGAAUCUGUACGUGUGGUGUUUACGGAGCCAGCAAUUGGCCAAAGUGUUGGAUGCUCAUUUUGGUCGCAUCAUUCAAUUAGAGGCAUUGACGAUAGGCAAUUGGAAUAAUGUUGUAACCUCAUCCAUAGAUCGCUCUGUAAAGGUUUGGAAUAUAAACAACAUCUUUGAAAAGGUUCACGUGAUCGACAGACACGAAUUACAAAUCGAUAGUAUAAGUCUUUCAGAGGUUGACUUAGCUGUUACGGUUACGCGUAGUUGCGUAGGAGUUUGGGAGACCAGAUCAGGUCGCUUGCUCACCAAGUUGGCCGAUAGUCCUCUAGGUGCCAUUGUUACACACGCUGAAAUUACGCCAGAUGGCAAAUACAUAAUUGCCUCCGAAACGGGAAAGUUUCUUGUAUGGAAUAGAGUGUCCGAACAGGUAGUAUAUCGUGAUGAUCAACCCGGGAUACAACAGAUUACUUUUAUGGAUUAUGGCUACAAAGUAAUGACUGUAUCAUGUCCAAAUAUAAAUCAAAAGGAAAUGAAAGAAGGUGAGGAACCCAAUCGUUUGAUGGCCGUUACUAUUGUACGAGCUGUGCCUGAGGGGGCAGUGCUGUUCCGUUUUGAGUUUACCAUGCGUUUAAUACCAGGCAUACCGUUUCGACAGUCAAUAAUUUCCGCUGAUGGAGCCAACAUAGUUGUGUGCACUAUUGAUAAAACAAACAAAGAUUGCCUAGCCGUUUAUAGUGCUACAACAGGUAGCUUCGUCACAAAAAUUCUCCUAAAAGGCUGUGCCAUCAAGGAAGUUAUGUGUUUGGUACCUAUGCCACACAAAGCUAAUCAGGUGGCCGUGAUCAGCAAUGAAAAGGGCAGUAUUAUAGAUAUAAAAACCAAGAAGCAUGUACGUUCUAUUCCCAAAUGGGGUGGCAGCAUUACAAAAGAUGGCAAAUGUGGUCUUUACGCUCCCACCAGAGGUGGUCUUGAAAUGUUGGAAUUACGCAAGGGUAGCACAAUCAAAACAUUUAUACCCAAGGUAGCUGAGGGAGUGUUUUCGGUAAUUUGCAUAUUUACCGAAAACGAUGAAUACGUUUGCUAUUACCAUAGCGGUCGCAAAACCAUACGAGUCUUCAGGACGAACGAUACAGAGCUGAUAGCCAAUUAUCGUUUGCAAGCCGAACUAACAGCUAUUAAAAGCAGUAAAGAUGGCCGUUGCCUCGUUUUGGGUACGGUAGAUGGUUGUAUGUCUUCUUUGGUCAUAGUCGAUGCCAAAAAACAAGAAAUAAUUGAAUAUUUAAACGCUUUGCCUUCGCGUGAUGAGAAUUGGAAGGCGAAAUUAGCAAAAAUGAAAGCAAAAGUUGGCUUUAAAGCGGCCAUACGUGUAGCGUCCAUAACAUCGAGAUUCGACAAUAAAAGCUCAAAAGAAAAGGUCGUUCCAAAUGGAGAGGAGCCAGCAGAAAAUAACAGUUUAGUAGAACCCGCGUUAGAAAAUGAAUUAGUACAAUAAAACAUAUAAAGAAUUGUUAAGCACUUGUUAACGAAACAAAGCUAUAGAAAGCACAAACAUCGUUUCCUUAUAUAUCUUUCGUUGAGAAAAUAAAUGAGAAAUU